AUGGAGACGAUGAAGGAGAUCGCCGUGAACGUGAACGGCAAGGGCGCCAUGCAGCUGGUGACAACCCUGCGCGCCAUGAAGGACGGGCAGGUGCCCGCGGGCCGCGACGUCGUGUUCACGAGCGGCGAGGACGGCGUGCUGUACGUGACGGACCUGGCCGCCGAGAGCUCCGUGUACCAGGCCGAGGUGUGCGAGGGCUUCGUGCCGUCCUUCGCCGUGACGCCCGAGCAGAGCCAUGUGCUCAUCGUGUCCGACGACGACAGCAACGUGGCGUCCUACAGCCUGCCGCCCGACUGCCAGCUGGACCAGUUGCUGCGCCGCUCCACCGUCUCCAUCCGCCAGGUCGCGUGCUCGACGCAGUUCGUGGCCAUCGCGGACGAGGAGCCCGUGGUGCGCGUGCUGCUGCGAAGCAACACGGAGCAGGUGAUCCUGGCUGAGGGGGCCACGGGCGCCAUCAAGAGCGUGGUGCUGGACCCGCAGGAGAAGUAUCUGUGCGCCAGCAGCGAGGACGCGACGGUGCGCGUCUUCGCGCUGGACGUGGCGGCGCAGCGGGCCACGGAGGCCAAGCGCUUCAGCAUCAAGCACGGAGACAUUAGGCACGACGACGUGCUGCUGCGCUGUGCGUGGCAGCCCGGAGACAAUCGCAAGUUGCUGGCGGUGCCCAUGGACAAGGGCAUUGUCGAGCUGUUCGAGAGGGAUACGUGGUCGUCCAAGGGCAGGUUGAUGCUCCCCAUUGGCAGGAGCACCGCGGCCGAUGUGGAUAUCUUGUCCUUCUCGCCUAACGGACAGUACCUGGCCGCUGCCACGUGCGCGAAGGAGGUGUUUGUGUGGGAGCUGGAGACGCAGACUGUGCUGCGCUCGUUCAAGAUCGACUACCCGGCACUGGGAGUGCAGUUCGCCAACAAGAGCAACGCGCUAGUGAUUUAUCACACGGGCGGCAAGCUGGCGUUCGUGAAAGACGUGAUCCCCGCGGGACACACGCCGCCGCAACACACGGUUGGCUUGCCGACUACGGCUGCAACUACUGCACCGGUCAAUUCCUCGCAGCUGCGUAAGAAGAGCUUGAAGGCGUCGGCGUUUGUGGAGGACGAGGCUGAAGUGGACGGCAAGCACGAUGAUGAGGACGAAGAGGAGGUGAGCUUCGAUGACGACAACGAGGCGCGCGUGGAGGCCAUCAAGGCCAGCUUUGGCUUUGGUGCGGCUGCGAACGCUGCCAAUGACGACCAGGUUGAAGACGAGGACGUCUCGAUGUCUGCUGGGACUACUUCCAAGUCCUCGGGGCAGGAGGUAUCUCCGCUGCGCACAGUCACGGAGCCCUUCCAGCCGGGUAGCGUAAUGGACCCCACUGGACGGAGCAGCAGUGCGACGUCGCUGCUGGCGUGGACGCCGGAAGGAGAGAUCGAGGUGAUCCGCGGAGCGAGCAUGAGCGAGAACCUGGUGAAGGUUGAGUUCACCGACAAGUCUCGACGUGGGUUCAAGUUCAACGACAACUACAUGUUCUCCAUGGCCUUCCUGGACGACUAUGGCGCCGUGUUUGCCGUGCCUCGACGUGCUCGUGAAGACUGGGAGGACCUCGAGGCAGGCUCGAGCGAGAGCGACGUUAUCAGCAGCUUCGUGUUCUACCGCCCGUUCGAGUCCUGGGCCAGCAACAGCUCGUGGCACAAGACCUUGCCCGAGGGGGAGGACGCCGAGUGCGUUGCCGCUGGCCGUGAGUUCUGCGCAGUGGCCACCUCGCUGCAGACUCUGCGCAUUUACACAACCAGUGGCAUCGACUACGCGCUGCUACGUCUUCCUGGCCGCGUCGUGACCAUGACAGCGAAGGAAUCUCUUCUGGCCGUCGUGUACCAGGGUCUACACGGGCAGAUGCUCUACCAGCUCCUCCGCAUCCAGGUGGACUCGUCCCGCGAGCGCGUCGUGCUGGUCUCGAAGGGCGAUCUGCCCAUGACGCCCCCACCACGCGAUGUCUUCGCGUCACACAAGGAGAACGAGAUGACCCGGGAAGACCCGUCGAACUGGUCCAAGCUCACGUGGCUCGGCUUCGACGAUCGCCAGAUCCUGUACGCUGUGGACUCGUUCUCGUGCGUGCAGGCGCUGUCGCCCAGCACGGGCUGGAGCUGGUUCCCGAUCGGCUGCGUGGGCAAUGCGCUGCAGAAGAAGCCCGAAGACCGUCACGGCGUGUUCACGCUGGGCGUCGUCAACGACUCGCUGCUGUACUUCCCGCUGGAGAAGGGAGCUCGGGCCCCCAAGCUGCGCGGCAACCACCGCCCCGUGCCCGGCACCUUCCCCCUGCGCACGGCGUCCUUCCCGAAGACGUCAAAGAAGAACGAGGACGCGUCCAAUGGCCACAUGUGGCAGAACGUGCGUCUGUGUGGGCUGGAGGCUAUCGCCAACGAGAUGAACGCCGACCAAGUCGCGGACCAAGUCGUGCACGAACAGGCCGAGAUAGACAAGGCGCUGAUCCUGAUGAUGAAGAUGGCGUGCUCGAACGACGAGCCUGCGCGCGUGCUGGACCUGGCCAAGUGCCUGCACCUGGAGAAGUCGCACCAGAUUGCGCAGAAGCUCGCCAUCCACUUCCAACUGCGCCAGCUGCAGUCGCAGCUCUACGAGCUCUACCGCGUCAAGUUCGAAGAGCCGAAGCGGCUGGAGCAGGAGGCGGCGAUGCAGAUGCAGGCCGCCUCGCAGCCGCGCCGGCAGCCAACAGCCUCGUACCGCUCUACCUUCCAGGAGGAGGACGCUCCCGAGUCACGAGAAGUGGAACCGCUCCGUCGUGCGCGCAGCAUUCUGUCGCGACCGCCGGCCUCGUCGCCCCGCGAAGACGAGCAGCACGACACCGAGGACGCGGCCUCCGCUGACGGAACGCAGGAGGACCAGGCGCCGGGAUCUCCGAAGGCCUCAAGCCGGAGCAAGACCAGCAGUUCCACCGCCGCUGCACGCGUGGAGCGGUCCGUGGCGCCGGCGAACCCGUUCCUCAAGAAGCCCGGCGGUUCCACGGCGUCUCCCUCGGGCAGCAAGAAGACGGGUCUGCAGCGGCUGGCGAAGUUCGCGUCGCCGCCGCCCGCCAAGAAGCAGCGCCGGUCGACGACGUGGAAGAAGUAA